CUACUUCCUGAAACCAAGGCUGUUUAUGAGAAACAGUAUAUUUCAGCUAGGUUGUACCGGAAUCCAUUCUUUCCCCGAGUCAGAUUUGCUGGGUCUUAAAGUGUUUUUCCUCUUCUUCGAGAUAAAAGACCAUCCUUCCCUUUGCUGAUGAGAUGUUCAGUUCUAAAACAAGGCUGAAAGAAAAGCAGAAUUAGUAUGUGCAGAAGUCAUCUUUGAGUCAACCAUAGGACACAAGUAAGAGGAUGCACCACCAAAAGCCCCUGGGAAUCACCAUUCUACUUUCUGUGCCUAUGAAUUGACUACUCUGGGUCCCUCAUGUACCUCAGCCUUCAAGGGGCUCCUUUAUUGAGAAUCGAUGUCUUCUCCUAGGUAAUUGAUCACCAUAGACCCAGGGACACUCGAUUCAUCGUCCAGGAGGGUAAUCAUCAUGAAUAAUCAAAAAGCUGUAGCUGCACUACUGCAAGAGUGCAAGCAAGUGCUGGACCAGCUCUUGUUGGAGGCGCCAGAUGUGUCAGAGGAGGACAAGAGGGAGGACCAGCGGUGCAGAGCUUCACUCCCCAGCGAGUUAAGGACCCUGAUCCAGGAGGCAAAGGAAAUGAAGUGGCCCUUCGUGCCUGAAAAGUGGCAGUACAAACAAGCCGUGAGCCCAGAGGACAAAACAAACCUGCAGGAUGUGAUUGGCGCCGGGUUGCAGCAGUUACUGGCAUCCUUGCGAGCCUCCAUCGUGGCUCAGGACUGUGCAGCCGCCGCCGCCAUCGUCUUCUUGAUGGACCGCUUCCUGUACGGGCUCGACGUCUCUGGAAAGCUCCUGCAGGUGGCCAAAGGUCUCCAUAAGUUGCAGCCAGCAACGCCCAUCGCCCCGCAGGUGGUUAUUCGUCAAGCCCGGAUCUCGGUCAACUCAGGGAAACUUUUAAAAGCAGAGUAUAUCCUGAGCAGUCUAAUAAGCAACAAUGGAGCUACAGGUACCUGGAUGUACAGAAAUGAAAGUGAUAAGAUCCUGGUGCAGUCAGUCUGUAUACAGAUCAGAGGACAAAUUCUGCAAAAGCUAGGCAUGUGGUAUGAAGCAGCAGAGCUAAUUUGGGCCUCCAUCGUAGGAUAUGUGACACUUCCUCAGCCAGAUAAGAAGGGCAUUUCCACAUCACUUGGAAUACUGGCAGACAUCUUUGUUUCCAUGAGCAGAAAAGAUUAUGAAAGGUUUAAAAACAAUCCACAGAUUAACUUGGGCUUGCUCAAGGAGUUUGACCACCAUUUGUUGUCAGCUGCAGAAGCCUGCAAGCUAGCAGCUGCCUUCAGUGCCUACACACCCUUGUUCGUGCUCACAGCUGUGAAUAUCCGUGGCACAUGCUUAUUGUCAUAUAGUAGUUCUAAUGACUGUCCUCCAGGAAUGAAAAGCUUGUAUCUGUGUGAAGCCAAAGAGGCCUUUGAGAUUGGCCUUCUCACCAAAAGAGAUGAUCAGGUAGUUACCGGAAAACAGGAACUUCACAGCCUCAUCAAAGCUGCUUUCGGUCUCACCACAGUACACCGAAGACUCCAAGGGGAAACAGACGCAGUCUGCGCAGCGAGUCAGCUCUGUAAUGAAGCUAUGGAGAAGCUGUACACUUUCAGUACUUCUUCCAGAAGUCAGAACAGAGAAUCUCUUUCUCGAGAAAUCAUGUCUGUUAUCACCCAGGUGAAGGAUCAUUUACAGAUUCAGAGCUUCUCUAAUUUAGAUGACAGAUCUUAUGUCCCAGAGAGUUUCCAGUGCAGAUUGGGUAAACCCAUCUUGCAUGGACAAGUGGAUUUCCAUAAAGUCCUUGAAACCUAUUCACAGCACCAUACCUCCGUGUGUGAGGUUUUUGAAAACAUUUGUGGAAACAACAAAAAUAAGCAAAAAGACAUAAAAACAGGAGUCUGUAUCACUGCUUUAAAAACAGAAACAAAAACCACAGAUACUAUGACCACUACUCAGGACAAACCAUGCUCUCAAAAAGGCAGGGGAAUAUCUUCCAGUCAAUUAGUUAAGAACAGUCAGGGGAAACUCAGAAGAGUCGGAAGGAGAAAUUGGACCCUUUCCAAGGCAUUCCGAGUCUCCCUGGAUCAAGAUGUGGAGACUGAGACUGAGCCACCUGACCACAGCAAUGUGGGGGGAGAUGUCUGCAACAAGUCUCUGAGUGACAGCCAGAGCUCCAGUAGUUGGAGCAAGUUCUCAGGGCUUAGUUCUUCCUCAAGCUGGGAGGAAGUGAACUAUCCUAUUGAUGACAGAUCAGCUAGAAAAGAAUCUAGCAAAGAACAUCUUGUGGACACCCAGUGUUCCACUGCCCUGUCUGAGGAACUGGAGAACAAUAGGGAUCACAGAGCUGUGCAAUCAUUGUCUUCAGAGCUUCACAGUCUCUCUCCCCAGAUAUCCCAGGACAACAGUUCAGAGCCUUCUCAAAGUCAACCACACAAACACAUGCCCUUAACAACCUUCUGUCCUCAUAACACAACCAACACUUGCUUAGUCUUUGAUGCAGGGCUCUCAGAAGGCGCUCCAGAAGGUAUCCAGGAAGUACAAAAUGUAGGACCUGAAAAUACUUCUGCUCACUUCCAACCCUCAUGUAGUUCUGCUUCUUGGUCUUCUUGUUCUGGUAGGUUCAAGGACAUGACCACAUGUGCUUCAAUCCAAGAAGAAGAUGACUUUGAGAUAAUUGAUGAUUUUCCAGAAACCAACUGUGACAUCAAUGACAGACCUGGGGAAAAGAAGGGAAAAGAACUCAAUGGAAACUAUGAGGGCCAUAUAUUUCAAGAGAGCUUCUUCUGGGUGGACCCAGAAGGAGAAACAGAGGAAAGCACAAAAGAUGUGCCUUUAGACUCUCAUGUAGUCACGGGCAGUUCUCAGAGCAACAGUUCCAUGUUGGCAUGUAACUCUUUCAUUCAUCAGCCUGUUCAACAUCCUGACUCAGGAAAGACCAGUGUUGGCUCAGUCAGAAACCAGGACAUUGACCCUGAUGCCCCUACAGAGGAUGAGGAGGGUCACCUCUUUGACAGCACAGAUGUCGGUUCAUCAAGUGGAUGUGGCUCUCCUAGACCAUGGAUCCUGGGGCAGCCACCCGGUCAGAGAAUGGAGACCCCCAAAUCAUCUGUUAGUAACAUUCCCUUCCCUGUCCUCAGCGAGGAUUGUGCCACCACAGAAGAAGGAAAUGAACCUGAACACUUGUUAAACUGCAGCCAGAGCUCCAGCUCGUCACUUGCAUGGUGGUUGAAGUCACCUGCAUUUUCCAGUGGUUCUUCUGAGGGGGAAAACUUACGGUCUUCUCUGAAUUCCAGUGGAAGUUUUUCUUCUGUCUCAUCACCAGGAAAGAUGAGGAAAGAAGUCCUUGAGGCUCGCACCCUGCAACCUGAUGACUUUGACAAACUCUUGGCAGGAGUGAGGCAUGAUUGGCUAUUUCAGAGACUGGAGAAUACAGGUGUUUUUAAGCCCAGUCAACUCCAACGAGCUCAUAAUGCUCUUUUGUUAAAAUAUUCCAAGAAAUCUGAACUGUGGACAGCCCAGGAAACUGCUGUGUAUUUGGGGGAUUACCUAAAUGUACAGAAGAAAGGCAAGCAAAGAAAUGCCUUCUGGGUUCAUCAUCUCCAUCAAGAAGAAACUCUGGGAAGAUAUGUAGGGAAAGAAUAUAAAGAGCAAAAGGGACUCUGGCACCACUUCAUUGAUGUGGAGCGGCAGAUGACUGCACAGUACUACGUGACAGAGUUUAACAAGAGACUCUAUGAACAAAAGAUCCCAACACAGAUAUUCUACAUACCCUCCACAAUAUUACUGAUUUUAGAAGGCAGGACAAUAAAGGGAUGCAUCAGUGUGGAACCUUACAUUCUGGGAGAAUUUGUGAAAUUAUCAAAUAAUGCCAAAGUGGUGAAAACAGAAUACAAAGCCACAGAAUAUGGCUUGGCUUAUGGCCAUUUUUCUUAUGAGUUUUCUAAUCAUAAAGAUGUUGUGGUCGAUUUACAAGGUUGGGUGACUGGUAAUGGAAGAGGACUCAUCUACCUUACAGAUCCCCAGAUUCACUCUGUUGAUCGGAAAAAUGUCACUACCAAUUUUGGAAAGAGAGGAAUUUUUUACUUCUUUAAUGACCAGCAUGUGAAAUGUAAUGAAAUAUGCCACCGUCUUUCUUUGACUAGACCUUCAAUGGGGAAACUAAACAAGUCAUAGACUAUGGAUCAGCAAAGAGACAGACAUCUGUGCUCACCAACAUCAAUUUCUCCUCUCCUUCCAGGCACCAGAACCUGGCAGAGCCCCGGUCCUUGAAGCUGGUUGUGGCCAGUGGUUUGUGAAAGGAACUAAUGAGUAUCACUUUCAGACCUGGAGUUAAUUGCCAGUACAAUAUCCUGCAGGGUCUCUUUCCUCUGCCCCUGUUACCAAGUAUGUGUCAGGAGGUAGCUGCCUAUGAGCACAGGACUCACAGUGAUGGCAAUGUGGGAAAAAGCCCAACUGAUCUGCAGGGAUACAAAGUACUGCUGAGAAAUAACUAUGGUGUUUAAACCAUUGAGAUUUUGGAGCUUGCUGUCACUAUCCGUUCAGAUUGAUACUAUUGGAUACUAUUGGUGUUUUUUCUAUUGAUUUAGGCUUGCUUUAUAAAAAUAUGCAGAGCCUUGUGAUAUGAAUUCCAAUAUUUUCUGUUUGUCUUCUGACAUUUGACUUUGCAUGAAACAUUUAUCUAUGCAAAUUUUUGUUCAUAGUUGAAUUUAUCAACCUUUUCUUUCAUGACUUCUUGGCUGUAUGUGAUACUUAGACCUUUCUUACACUCUGAGCUUCUUUCCUUUAAAUUCUUCUAUGUCUUCUUCUCUUGUAUUUAAAUCUGUGAAGUUAUGACAGAAGAAUGGUAGAUUUUUGCGGCCACCACACUCCACCCUUGCCCUACACAGAUCUGCGUCUCUACUUAAGUCUAGGCUGCAGAUCUGUGGUCUCACUGAAAGAAAUAUACAGAAGGGACACUAGUAAGAUAAAGCGAUUCCAUUGCACUUACUCUGUGGGACCACGGCUGUUUCUCACUCUCUCCCUCCUCCACUAUUCAGUCUAAAUUUCCCUCAGCCUUUUUUUUUUUUUAAACUACUAUCUCAGGAAGUCUGGAUGCCUUAUCUCAUGGUGGGACUCCGCUUCCAUAAAUGGAGAGGCUGGGUACUUAUCUUCUUAGUUUGGGGUUGCUGCCCCUGUCUCUUCACAAUUGCAGUUGGAACAAGGCAGAUCUGAUCUACUACUGGGAGCACAGUGACUGGCACUCCCAGCUUCAACCCCUCGGGAUCCACCAUGUUCCUGGGGAAGCCAUGUUUUCCCCUCGUGUUCUCAGCCCACAACCACGCACAGCAAGGAUCCUAGUCUCAGAACUAGUCUAACUGGUGACUGUGGCACAGAACCUUCCUGUUGAUUGAUAAAACUUUCUUACUACUGCUGUGGUACAAGAUUUCCCUUGCCUCCUUUCUUUGUCCUCUCUUUUCAUAGGUGUUGAGCUGUGCUCCAGUCUUCCUGCCAACUCUAUGCUCUCCUAUUGAUUCUUUGGGAUCAUUUCCCCCAAAAAAUCUUACCUGUCUAAUCUUUCCUGGCACAUACUUUUUGGAAAACCAAAACUAACAAAAGUUUAUUUUUAAAACGUUUUAUAGAGUUCUUGAACAUUGGCUAAGUACACAGAUCGCCUGGUCAUCUCAAGUUGCUUUCAUGCUUGGUUUUUUUUCUUUCUUUUUUUGGUACUGGCAUUUGAAUCCAGGGGCGCUUUACCACUACUGAUCUACAUCUCAAACCCUUUUUAUUUUUUAUUCUGAGAAGUGGACUUUUGGACUCUUCAGUCUGCUAAGUUUGAUACCUGGUGCACCAGUGUUGACAACCUGUUUGUCCCUGGGAGGUGCCUGUCUUGGGCUUAAUAUUGUGUUUCCUGUCAUGUCAGCUCUCUGGUGGGAUCAGGAUAAAGGAGCCACUGUAUUCAUCUUUCUUGGCAUUGGCAGCCUAGAAUCAGCACCAACCCAGGACUCAGGAUUCAAGAAGAGGAGGUAUUGAGAGACUCGGAAUCAACUCAGAGCCGCUGGGUGAGACUCUCCCGUUGGAGAGGCGCCCUGGACGAGGUGGUAGUCCUGGAACACAGGGAACUUUGUAAAGUAGAGAUGCCCAAAAAGACCCCACCCGCUGGAGCAGUGAACUCGACAACCGGGAGCAUUGUAGAGGAGGGUCACCCAGCAAGACACUUGGGCGCAGAGCAAAGGUCCCAGGAACGUGGGGAGCUUCUUAAAGGAGGGGCCACCCAGUGAGAUGCUUCGGUGCAGGGUGAGGCUCCCUGGCCCAAGAGGUAGGUCUGGGCCCCUGGGAACGUUGCACAGGAGGGCUGCCCAGCCCAGGUGGUAGUUCUGGAUCAAGGGGAACUUCUAGGAGGGGAGCUGACCAGCAAGACAUCCCCACCAAGUGAGUCUUCUCCGCCGGGCGAGGCUUUCCCAACAGGACAAUAGAACUGGAGACACAUGCCCAAACCAGCCAUGUCUCAGCCCACAGUCUAGUCCCCCUUUGGCUGACCAUCAGUCAACAAGUGGAUGUGCCUCUGCCCACCAGGAGGGAAUAUACCCUACCUGAAGGCCACCACCCCUAGAGGGGCAGCUUUCUUG